AUGAGUGAUGCCCAAGAUCCUGCCACAAUCCCUGCGGUUGGCACCCAGGUGAAGCUGAGGGGCUGGAGCCGUCAAGGGGAGGGCGGUGAGUCUUUCCAUUUCCGCCGGCACCAGGAGCUCCAGGCCUUCCUCAACCUUCUGGAGCACAGUUUCCUCCAGGAUUUCCUCUCCAAAGAUCCCUGUUUCCAGAUUUCAGAUAAGUAUCUCCUGGCCAUGGUGCUGGUCUACUUCCAGCGCGCCAACCUGCAGCUCAGCGAGUACACCCACAGCAAUCUGUUCCUGGCACUGUACCUUGCAAAUGACAUGGAGGAAGACCUGGAGGACCCCAAAAGCGUGAUUUUUCUGUGGGCCCUGGGCCAAGAUUGGCAUCGUCGAGUGUCAGACUUCCUGCGUCAGAGGGACAAGCUGUGGGCACGGAUGGGCUUCAGGGCCGUUGUGAGACGCCAGAGCUGCGAGGAGGUCAUGGCCAAGGAGCCGACCCACUGGGCCUGGACUCGGGAGAGGCAUCCCCACCACGGCAGGGCUCAGAGGAGCUACCCAAAGGCCCAGAUCCCCCUCCCCCGGGGCCCCGGCCUCUCGCCACCCCACUGUCCCCUGUGUGGCUUGCCCCCUUGCCGCAGCCACCGCUGCCACCACCCCUGCCCCUUGCCUGUCAUAUCCAAGUGCCCUUCCCAAAACCCUGAGCGGCACCGCCCUCCCUCCCAAGCUUGCCUCUCGGUGGCUGGAGACUCCUGGAGUGGGGCCUUCCUCAUUGUCCUGCCCACCCAGCUGCAGCUGGAGCCAGGCACCUACACCCUCCACAUCUUCUCAAAGCUGCUGCCGUGCCCUCGGCGCUGACACUCGCAGGGUGAAGAACAGCCCGUCUGCUUGCCUGCUGACCC